AUGCCGCAAUCAAAAUGGCGAAAGACGAAAGGAUAUUCGAAGCGCGGAUUUGACAAGGCCUGGAAUACUUUGGACAAGCUUGGUCCCCCGGUGAAUCGCCUGUCGAACAAACUCGGUGCGGAGGCUUUCUGGCCCACAACUCUGGAUAAGGAAAGUGAUAAGGCAGCUCGUAUAUUGCGAGGUUUUUGCAAAGAUGGAUUCUAUACGCAGAUCGACAAUGAGAGCGAGGCGACGAACGGGACAAGUCCGCGUACAACUUCUGAAGAUGGAGGUGAGGGAUACAAGGAUACUGGGGAAAACAACAAGAACACUAUUGACAGGCCAAAGGGGAAACAAAGGGUUGUAAAAAAGAUACCGUCUGCUGUUAUCAAGCAGGCUAAAGGCUUGGCAAUAUUUACAGCAAUGAGAACAGGCCUUUGGCUGAGUGGAGCUGGAGGUAGCGGGAUUCUUGUCGCGAGGGUCAAGGAAACGGGAAAGUGGAGUCCUCCGUCAGGAAUCAUGUUGCAUACCACAGGACUUGGGUUUCUAGCUGGAGCCGAUAUCUACGAUUGCGUGGUUGUCAUCAAUACUUACGAGGCGUUAGAGGCUUUCAAAGCGGUACGAUGUACACUUGGCGGGGAAGUCAGCGCUGCUGCUGGCCCGUUUGGUGUGGGAGGUGUGAUGGACUCUGAGGUACACAAGCGACGGGCUCCGGUGUGGACAUAUGUCAAGAGCAGGGGGUUAUAUGCAGGGGUUCAAGUAGAUGGUACGAUCGUAAUCGAGAGGAGCGACGAAAACGAGCGUUUCUAUGGUGAGCGAAUCGGUGUGGCUGAUAUUUUAGCGGGUAAAGGAAGGCAUCCGCCAUCCUCAAUAGGAACAUUAAUGGAGACAAUAAAGGCAGCUCAGGGCGAUACCGAUGUUGAUGAGACAAUGCUUCCACCUCCAGGUGAAGUCCCUGGAGAUGCUGAUGUGGAAACCGAUAUAUUCGGUAUUCCCCAGCCUGAGGAUCAGGAUCCGUUUGGCGUCAUGGCGUUAGAAAAGGAGGGUGUACUAAUUCGAGAAGCUGGAACGAAGCGCAUAGCCAGUGCUGAUAUGUUUGCAUUCCGACCCAGUCCGUCGAGCCCAUUACACAAUCGAUUUUCAAGAUCGAGUAUUGAGAGUUCUCCGAGGGCCAGUUGGCGGAGCAGCGUCCAGAGCACUGCAAGCGCUGACAGAGGCACACAGACGGACGAUUUCGUCUAUCAGCAACCCCCAAACACUCCCCCAGCCACUCCACCAGGGACUCGCCGACCUUUUUCAGAUAGUUUUAAAAGGGUACCAUCGGUGAAUCACCAUAUCUCGUAUGUGGGUAACUCUUCUAGAGUCGAAAGUAUGCCGCCUACCUCCAACCGGGGAGGAUCCCUCGUUAUUCAGGAUCAAUCUCUCCCUGGAGUGUUGAACCAAGCUCAUCCUACCAGCCCGUCUUUCGCCCGUGCUCGGCUCAUUACCAUUCCCAAACGCACUCCUCCCCCAUUACCACCUCGGAAUGCCUUGCGUAUCUCGUCGAUAAGUGAGCCUGGUCCUGGGGUAUUAGAAAGAGAAACAGUGCCUCCAAUUGGAAGUUAUGCGGAUGCUGAGAUACUUGAGGUACAUGGAAACAAUAAAAAUGGCAAAUCUAUGAAGCAUAGUGCAGAAGUGCCAUCAAAUCAAAACAAUGACUCGUUAAAUAAAUACGAGUCGAUUCAAGAUACAUGUGAGGCAAAGGCACCUAAAGAAGAACCUAACCCCGCAGAGGAAAAGGAAUCGUCCGACAGAGACCAUAUGGCAGGAAGAGACGAAUUACAAGAAAAUGGAAUUUCGGAAGAAGUCCUGAAUAAAAAUUCAGCAAACCUGUUGGCUGAAGAGGAGGGCGCCUGGGAAGACACAUUUCUAAAAGAAAUGGAGCGGAUAGAAAACGAACGAACAGGCGAGGAGGUGGAAUCCGCACACGAAAUUGUAGUUGCUCAAUCUGAUGCGCAGCCGCUUCAGACAGAGUUUUCGGGCGAGCACAAGGAGGAAUUCCAUUCAAUUUCUACGUCUCCAACUCCUCCAAAAAUGGGGAAGAAGACCCGGAACAAAAAAAAGUGCCAGGCUGAAAAUGAAAUGAGCAGUUGA